AACCUUAAGCACACACACACACACACACACACACAGUCAGAGCUGCUCGGGCAGGGGUCCUGAGAGUGGGGUUCAGAGCAGGCACAGUCCGGUCUGGCAGGAAGGGUUGUGUGUUCUCAGCGACGUGCCUGGAGUAGCCAAAUCAUGCUGGUUGCGGGGGAGAGAAGCCCAGCGCUGCUCGCAAGAUGAAGAAGAGGCAGCCUUCCUCCAAAGAGGCGGCCGUUUCUUCACUUUUCCAAAAACUCGGCCUCCUCAUCUUCUUCCUGGCAGCUGUCAGUGGGGUGAACAUCACAAGUCCCAGCUCCGUAAUUCGAGGAACUCUAGGUGGCUCAGCCCUGCUGUCUGUCAGCUACACCAGCACCAGCUCAGACCGGCCUGUUAUCAAGUGGCAGCUGAAGCGGGAUAAGCCGGUCACCGUAGUGCAGUCCAUCGGCACGGACAUCAUCGGGAACCUGCGGCCUGAGUACCGCGGACGCAUCCUGCUGUACGAGAACGGCUCUCUGCUUCUCAACUACCUGCAGCUAUCAGACGAGGGGGCUUACGAGGUGGAGAUCUCCAUCACUGAUGAUACUUUCACCGGAGAGAAACACCUCAACCUCACUGUGGACGUGCCCAUCUCCAGACCGUUUGUGCACCUAGUGGCCUCCUCAGUGCUGGAGCUCACUGAGUUCUUCACACUAAACUGCACUCACGAAAGCGGCACCAAGCCCACGUACAGCUGGCUGAAGGGCGGAAAGCCUCUGAUCAAUGACUCGCGUCUGCUCCUGUCACAAGACCAGAAAGUCCUGACCAUCUUGCGGGUCCUGAUGCCCGAUGAUGAUGUCUACAGCUGCAUGGUGGAGAACCCCAUCAGCAGCAUGAAGAGCUUCCCUGUCAGACUCACUGUCUACAGACGGAGUUCUCUGUAUAUCAUCCUUUCCACCGGUGGCAUUUUCUUGCUGAUAACCCUGGUGACGGUGUGUGCCUGCUGGAAGCCCUCCAAAAAAAAAAGGCAACAGGCUGCCAGACUAAAUGAAGAGGAGGUCGAUGGCAAUCAUGAAGUUGCAGUUGACAUUGUGCCGGGAAGAAAUUAUCAUACUCGCAGAAAACCUGGUGGUUUGUAUGUUCUGAAAGAGACGGAGUUUCCAGAAGGAGAUGAUGAAGCUCCAUGUAGCUACAUCCACCCUUUAAACACAACCCUCAGCCAAUCGUACUACCCCAGCACCUUUCCACUUCCUGCCCACGCUCCCGAGGCCUACAUCCACUCAGGAAGAAGAUACCCCAGCACCCCUGUCCCCUCCCCCCCCACCACACCUCACUCUCCCACCCCCACACCUCCAGCAUCCUCUCCAACACACCUGGCCAGCCUACCACGGAAGCCCCGCCCACCUGCUGCCAGCCCCACCCCUUCACACACUACAGAAGAACUGCCCAUCACACAGGAGAUGGCCACUCAUAGUCGUAUAUAAUCAGCAAGAGGAGAGAGAGACAGACAGGCAGGUCAAAACAGCAUUACAGAUCACAGACAAAAUAAUGGAAAUACCCAACAAACACAGCUCUGAACAUUUGUUGUUUUAUUCUAUAAACUACAGACAACAUUUCUCCCAAAUUCCAAAUAAAAAUAUUCUCAUUUAGAUCAUUUAUUUGCAGAAAAUGAGAAAUGACUGAAAUAAUAAAAAAAAGAUGCAGAGCUUUCAGACCUCAAAUAAUACAAAGAAAACAAGUUCAAAUUCAUAAAGUUUUAAGAGUUUAGAAAUCAAUAUUUGGUGGAAUAACCCUGGUUUUAAUCACAUUUUUUUUCAUGCAUCUUGGCAUCAUGUUCUCCUCCACCAGUCUUACACACUGCUUUUGGAUAACUUUAUGCCUUAUGCCUUAGGUUUUUAAUUUGGUAAAUUGAUGUGGCUUGCAAAAAAAAUCAGUGAUGUGAUCUGAAGUUUAAAAACUGCAUAUAUAUCCUUGUGGAAAAAAAAGUAUACUUAAAUUAUGCUGAAUUAGGACUGUACUUGAGUCAUGCAAUUUUAUAAUCACUAAUUUGUUCUUUAUUACUAUUUGUUUGUAAUUAAAAUUGUAUAAAUUUGCACUAAAUCAAUACUGAGUAUACUAGUCGCAUCUUAUUUUUGCCACUAUUCAAUACAGUUUGAUUAUAUUUGUGUGAGCUGUGUCUAAAUAAACAAUAAAAACAUAUUAAAAGUCUGAUUAAAGUAUACAUGAACCAUCACAUAUUUUUUUUAGAAGUAACAUAUAUAAAAUGGUAAAAACAAAAACAAGAUAUUUAAUAAUUACAAGCAUUAGCUGCUUAAGUUAUUUUAUUUUAUUAUACACAACUGAAGAAAAGUUUUAAACACAUAAAAGGUUCAUCAGCACAGUUUAAUUUGUCUAUUUUGCUAGCAAAUUUCACCGAAGUACGGUUUUAUUGCAGAAAUAUCGACUCCUGGGACACAUUUAGCAAAAUUCUAAUUUUAUCAUAAAAAGCACCACAAUAAAGUAUACUUUUUAAAAAGUAUACUGAAAUACAGAUUAAGUAAGUUAAAAUGUAAAUAUAUUGAGAAAAAGUAUACUUACAUUAUUUGCAUAUAAUUCAAGUACAUAUUAUUAUUAUUAUAUUAAAAUAUACAACUUUUUCACUAGGGCUAGCUUUACAGAGGUGAUAUAAUGCCACUUAGAACCCAAAUUCUCCCGGAAACAAAUCCUCCUGGGUGAAAAAUGGUACUAUUGUCAGGUGAUUCAACAUUUAUACUUCUCUAUCUGGAUUCUUCUUUUAAGAAUAUCAAAAAAUACAUAUCUUCAGCUGUUCAGCGUGAAAGUUUAGACCAGGGGUGCCCAAACUUUUUUUGUUGGGGGCCAGAAGGAGAAAUAUAUUUGAACUCAUGGGCCACAGACUCUAUAAUAAAACAAAUAAUGAAAUAUACCACUUUAAAUAAUACAUUUUCCUGAUUACUUUCAUUUACACACCAUUUUACUUCACUUACUAUCUUUAUAUUUGACAGUGUUGUGUAAACUAAGAUUUUUCAGAUUGAUGUUUUAUUUAAUGAUGUCUCUUAAUAUUAAACUUCUUAAUUACGGUCAACUUUUAGACUCUUUUGCUCCGUUUUUCUGCGCUAGAAAUGCGCACUCUCUCCGCUUUUAGACUCUUUGGCCCGUUUUUCUGUGCUAGAAAUGCACACCCUCUCCGCUUUUAGACUCUUUGGCCCGUUUUUCUGUGCUAGAAAUGCGCACUCUCUCUGCUUUUAGACUCUUUGGCCCGUUUUUCUGCGCUAGAAAUGCGCACUCUCUCCGCUUUUAGACUCUUUGGCCCGUUUUUCUGUGCUAGAAAUGCGCACUCUCUCUGCUUUUAGACUCUUUGGCCCGUUUUUCUGCGCUAGAAAUGCGCACUCUCUCCGCUUUUAGACUCUUUGGCCCGUUUUUCUGCGCUAGAAAUGCGCACUCUCUCCGCUUUUAGACUCUUUGGCCCGUUUUUCUGCGCUAGAAAUGCGCACCCUCUCCGCUUUUAGACUCUUUGCUCCGUUUUUCUGCGCUAGAAAUGCACACUCUCUCCGCUUUUAGACUCUUUGGUCCGUUUUUCUGCGCUAGAAAUGCGCACUCUCUCCGCUUUUAGACUCUUUGGCCCGUUUCUGACACCUAGCGUUCAAACUUUGAAUCUCACAUUAUAAAAACCUGCUUAACAGCGGGCCAACUUUCAUUCUAUUUCUAAAAUACCUCGCGGGCCGCUCCAAAAAAGGAAACGGGACGCAAAUGGCCCGCGGGCCGUAGUUUGGACACCCCGGUGUAGACCUUCCUGAAGCUUGGCUCCUUUUUUUAUAGUAAAAAAAAAAUUACAUUAAAUAAGUACACGAUCAAAAAACAUUAUUUUAUAUAGUAUCCAUUAUUCUGUCUGUGUUCUGUAUUGCAGUUACUGUAUGAGGUGUGAAGCGGCUCCACCAGUAACUUCAGUAUUUUCAUGUUUUGUAUAUGGAUGAAGUGUUUAUAUGUGUUUAAAAACUGGUUUCAUAGUUUUUUUGUGUGUGUUUUUAGUUGUUUUUUUUUUUUUUGUCUAGAUCAUAUUUUUAACACUGGUGUACAAAAAAAGGCUGUUUUAUAAUAUAGAUUUAACCAUACACCAUUUUACACAAUGUCAUUUUACUAUAAAGAUAUGAAGAUUUGUACUUAGAUUGAUUGUAAAUAUGUUGUAAUAUGUGUCUAUAUUACUAUGACCUUUUCCUGUUUUAUCCACAGUCACCCAGAGGCCUUAAAAUCCCAGUAAAAUGUUCUGGAUGUAAUUUGUGAAGAUAGAAUAUGAGCAAUAAAAUUGAAAUAAAUGAUUAAA